UUCACCAAGUUUGCCCAGUGUAAAUCGUAAAAUUUAACUCUCGGUUUACAUGGUUAUUUUCAUAAAGAAAAUAUUUUGUUAAAGAAUUUCGUUCAUAAAUAAUUCGUGCUCUAUCUGAAUGCAAGUGAUAGGCGUGUACAGAUUGAAUUGUACUUGCCAGAUAAUUGAGUGCUGGUGACUAUUAACUUCUCAGUGAUAUCGUUCUGGUAAAAUGACGUGACAGAUUUAACCAUUGCUCAUCCUUUUAUUUUUUCAUUCAUUUUGCUGUUGAAUAAAUAAGAUUUUGUGGAAGUUUUUACGAUCGUUUUGUGUGAUUUUCCACGAGAUUGUUCAAUAAAAUCGACAAAUUAGCUUGUUUGAACUGUUUAUAGGCACGAAAAAUUCUAAUUUAUUUAGUGUGCAGUGUUGAUCGAUUUAAGGUGCUGUAUUGGUUCUACUUUGUGAACUGAAUUCCGUAUCCAUCUGGUAAAAAUGAGCACACGUAAGGAGAGCGAACGUACCAAAUUUAUCCAAGAAAAAUGCCAGACAUUACUAACACAGAUGCUUCGUGACGAAGACAAUAAGUACUGUGUUGAUUGUGAUGCCAAAGGUCCUCGAUGGGCAUCAUGGAAUCUUGGUGUUUUUCUGUGCAUUCGGUGUGCUGGUAUCCACAGGAACUUGGGGGUACAUAUAUCGCGCGUUCGGUCAGUAAACCUUGAUACCUGGACUCCCGAACAGGUUGUCUCAUUGCAACAAAUGGGUAAUUCUCGAGCACGAGCUGUUUACGAAGCUCAGUUACCGGAUGGUUUUCGACGACCGCAAACCGACUCCGCAUUGGAAUCGUUUAUUCGAGCUAAGUAUGAACAUAAGAAAUAUAUGGCACGUGAAUGGGUACCAGCACCUCCAGCUAAGGCAAACUGGGACAAAGAAGUGGACGAAGAAAUGGAAAAACUUAAACGAAAGAAAAAAUCGUCAACUUCGCUUGGUUUAGCUACAGUUGCAUCCGAUAAAAAAGCAAUUACUGUUAAAUCGGUACCGAUACCUGCACCAUUACCAAAACCGAAGUCAGUUUCCGGUAGUCCGAAGACUUCAAAUCGUGUACCAGUUGACAAUAAUUCAGGAUCAUCAGAUUUACUCGGCUUGUCCUCACCCACCAGUAACGAUCCAUCGCCCCCAACGAAUUCAACAACAAUUGAUUUGAGCAGUGACGCUUUCAGCAAUUUUCUUAGUGCACCACCAACCAAUCCAGCCCCACCAUCUUCAAAUAAUUCCAACAAUGACCUGACCUCAAACACUCUGGCUAAGGAGGAACAAGAUUUUUUCAAUCAAGCACCCAACGACGCAGAAAAGGCACGAAUGACGAAAGACAGUAUUUUAGCAUUGUAUGCAACGGCACCGACAACAACGCCCAGUAUAGGUCAAUUUAAUGGUGCCAUUUUCAAUCAAUUUGGCAGCGUUGCUCCACCGAAUGCAAUGCCUAUGCAACACGGAUUCGGCAAUCAAUUCGGCCAAAAUCAUAAUUUCAUAGCUGCUGCGUCGGGACCAAUGAUGAACCUGAAUGCCAGUGGAUUUCCGCAACAGCAAAUUGCACAGCAACAAGGUUUCGCCGCACAGGGUUUUGCAUCGUUUCCACCGCAAGCAGCAACAUUCGGAACUCAACCGUUCGGUCAACCACCUCAGCCAACGAACGCCAAUAAUAUCAAUCAACAGUUUGGCAAUUUGAAUUUAGGGAAUGUUUGGCAAUAAAUAUUGACUUGGGGAGAGAGAUAGGGAACGAGAGAGAGAGAGAGAAAUAUUUGAAUUUAUUGGGACUAAUCAACGCAAUUCUGGCAAUAAAUUAGACACAAAAUGAUUUUACAGGAAGUCCGGGCAAUGUGACUGUCAAACGAAACUAUUGGUACAAAUGAUCCGUGAUUUCGAUCUCUGUCUAAGUUUAUUUUAUUGCUAGGAAUGAAUUGGUCUAACUGGUUAUUGUAUUACGUUAAACUGAAA